CGGCCUGGUUCAGCUUUUCCAGCUUGACCCUGAAGACCUCCUCGGUCUGGCUGGUGGUGUUGACGGCGUGGCCUUCCAUCUGAGCCCGGAUCUCCCGCAGGGCGGCGGUGAUGUCCGACUUGAGGGAGUCCCUGACCUCCAGGGUGACCUGCGAGCCCUGGAUCUGACUCAGCAGGUCCCUCACCUCGUCCUGGUGGCCGGCCCUCAGGGCGGACGCCUCGUCGCUGAGGAACUGCAGCCUCUUGCCCAGGUCGAGCUUCAGCAGGCCGGCGUCCUCGGCGCACUUGGCCAGCGAGCGGAUGCUGGCGUCGAUCUCCUCCCGCAGGCGGCUCUCGUCGUCGUGCCUCUGGCGGAUGUGCUGGAUGUCCUCGUCUAGGUGCUCCUGCUCGAGUUGGAGCUGAGCCUUGUCAUUGCUGACCUGUACCAGCAGGGUGCGCAGGUCCCGGAUUUCCCGCUCGUACAGCUCUCCGAUCGCCGAGCGACCCGCCUGCUGCUGCCUCAGCGACGCCGCCUCGGCCUCCAGGUUCUUGUUCUGGAGCUCCAGGCUCCUCACCUUGUCGAUGUAGGUGGCGAAGCGGUCGUUCAGGGCCUGCAGCGUCUCCUUCUCGUUGCGCGCCCUGGCCUCGCCGUUCAGGAGCGCCGCCUCGCCCAGGCUCUCGCUCGAGACGGUCACCUGCGAGCCGAGGCCGACCGCCGACCGCUUCGACGCCGGCACCGAGCCGACGCUGCGGGUCCAGCUGUGCGAGUAGAAGCCGCUGCUGCUGGCCAGGGAGCGGGAGGGGGCCGAGCGGGCCGGGUCUGCCCCAAGCGCCCUGCGGUAAGAGCUGGCGCUGAGCAUGGUGUCCAGGCUGUAACUCAUCGCACCGUGGGAAGGCUCGCACUGCAGUGGCACGGAGAGGGAGGAGGCUGCGCCUUUUAUACGCCGCAGAAUGUGCGAACUUGGCAGGAACCGUAUUCCAGCGACGUCUCAACUCACCAAUCUGCUGAAGAUGUCUCUCUUCCCCACCCCAUCUCCGAAAUGUAACUACCUUACCCAGACCAGGUUACACUCACUUCGACUUUACGGACCAAGACUCAUCCAUCAGUGAGAGUUAAAGGAACAGAGCAUAACUACAAUCCAGUUUUCUGCCAGGAUGAGAAAUGCUCUUCUAACUCUAAAGGUAGCCACAUGCACUGUCCCUUUUGUAGUGUGACUGAUGCCUACCAGGACCCUGUCAUCUUGAGAGCACAUUACAGAGUUAAGCAUGUUGACAAAGGGCUUGAUUUUGCAGGUUUGAAGAUACUUCGCUGCUGUAACCACUGCGACAUCAUUGGAACUAUCAAAGAAGAAAAGAAAUUUAAAGGCGCACAUUGGCACUGCUACCGCUGUCGAAAUGGUUUCAAUAGACGUGAUGAAGCUGUCAAGCAUUACAAAACUCAUUUCCGCAACCCUCAUACCACUUUCCAAAUUCAAAUUGCACAAGAGGUAAAUAGUCGACAGUAUUACGAGCAAAGUGCAGAAGCACAUCAUAAAGCUUACGGAGGCAACCGCAUUACUUCUGGUGGGACAAUAGAUGUCACACCAAUUAGUCCUGUUGUGACAGAAGUAGCCAUUAACACAACAACAUCAACCCUUACCACAGAGAAAAAUGAUACUAUUAUAGGACAGGCUGCAAAGGAUGGCAAUUUGACCAGUGGCAUCACUGUUGGCCCAGAAGAAACUAUGGGCUCUACAUCAGCAGAUGCACAUCAAACUCUGGUUCUUAUGGACCCAGAUGGGGAAAAUGGAGAGCUUUUGUACAAUGAUACUGCAAACCUAGUUGCAGAACAGAGUAAUGGAACUUUGGAUCGAAAUCUGCUAAUAGAAAAACAACUACUCGAACUACACCAGCAGAAUCAUCAGCUUCAAUUAGAGAAAGCAGAAACUGAGCGCAGACUCCAAAUGGAAAUCCACCAGCUAAAAGAUCAGAUUGCAAGCCUUACAGAAGCCAAUUGGCAAAUGGCCGAAGAACUAAAGCAAUACAAAAGUUCUGGAGAUAUUGAAAACAAAAUAAGUCAAAUGAUUGAGCAGAUGGAGAUACAGCACAAGGAGCUGUUACAGAUGCAGGUGGAGCUGCUUCGGAAGGAGUAUAACAAGUUGAAUCAUCAAGCUGUUGGUGGCUCUGAUUCUGUUCAGGAUUCUAAUUCUAUUCAGGACUCUAAUGAUGAUUGCACUGGUGGAACUGAGAGUACAACUGAACGGACAUUCGUGGGCACCGCGACUUUGUCUCCCAAGAGUCAUAGUGUAACACUGACCUUACCCACCACUAUAGUGACAUCGGCACAUGAAAUCAUGAACUCUGAGCAUGGAAUCAUGUCAACAUCAGAAGAUGUAAUUGCCGCAUCUGAAAUGGACCUCAGUUCUGGAAAUGUCAUAUCCUUCAUUGAGCCUAAUGAUAAUUCAUCAAAUGGAUCUGCAGGUUUAACAACACUUGAAAUUGUGGAGGUCCAUCUGGACAGCGAGUCAACCAUUUCAAACAUUGAGUCGUCUUCCCCAACACAUGUACAUCUGUAUCCUGUCACACAAAUCACUGAUAAUGCUGAACUUUCCAAUGGCAAACGGAUUUCCGAAGAGGAUCCUGAAGAAGGAAAUCAAUCAAAAAUCCAGAGAACUGUUUGAAACUGGCUACUGCUAAUACUAUGUUAUUGCGUAGUGUCUAAAAGUAUUAUUUUUAUUCAAUACUCCAGUGAAUAAUUUAUUAAUAUUUAAUUCAGAAUUGUUCUUAUCUUAGUAUUUUUAAAUUGAUGUUAGAGAGAACUUACUUAACUUAUGAACUUUGAUCAUUUCAGAUUGCUUUGUGCCAAAGAGUACUGUACAUCUUUCUAGUACAGUAGAGAUAGUUAGGCAGUAUAAUAAGUCCUUAUUUCUUGACCGUUCAAAAAAAACUUAACAGCAAUGCAAUAAACUACAAUUAUUGUUAUAGUUCUUGACUGAAACAAAUAUUGGGACCUUAAAAAUAAGCUGACUAUGAUUGAUUUAAAUAAUGAAACAUUCUGUAAACUGUUUGAUUUCAAGGCCAUCAACUGAAUCUGUUUCUAUUUUAUGGAAGUUUUAGGAAUUCAUUAAUAGUUAUGAUAAGAAAUUGUAAAUUUAUAUUUAAUAACGUUAAAUCUUUGGAAGGGCCACUGGCAAUUUAAUCAUCAGGCAAUGAAAGUCGACUAUCAAGUAGACUUAACUAUCUUGUGUGCAUGAUGGCAUUUCCAGAGUCUUAAUGACAUCAGCAUCAACAGACGAAUUGUAUUAAAGGAAAUUGAAUUCAGGACAACUACUGUCUCUUUAUAUAGCUGCAAUAAUGUCCUACAUUGUUUAUUUUCACUUUAUUUUAGAGUGAUUUUAAUCUCCCCUUUUAAAGCAUUUUGCCUUUCACACCCCUCAAAGUUACCAAUCUAAAUUACUCAGCAGGAAUGUGAUGGACCUGCUAGAAUGAUUAACAGCAAAACUCUACCACACUUCGUGCUUAACAUUACAUAAACGCUAGGUUUGUUUUUGGCAAGCAACAUGUAAAACAGGGCAGGUAACCUUACUGGUAGUUUUCCUCCCAACCCCAGAGCUCAACCUCAAUACGGAAAGUGAGCAGGCACCUAAAUUGGCAACGCAACCACCAUAUAUAAAGCAAGUACAAAUCAAUUGAGUUUGUCUUUUGCAGAGAGAAAAUCACUUUGCUUUUCACAUUCAGUCUAAACAUAUUGUAAGUUGAAUGCUUACAAGGUGCCUCAGAUGCCUUUUGGCGUUUGUGUAAUCUCUGCAGACGUUAAACUGUUUUGAAUUAAAUGGCAAGUGACUUGUGCAGUUUCGGUUCUGUUUUUAUUUAAUUGAGGCUAAAUUGCUAAGUUGAAAUCAUUCAAUACGUCCAAGUUGGUGAUGUUUGAAUCCAAAAUAAUUAGUGUACAUUAAAUUAUUUUAAAUAAAUUCCUUUUAAAUAAUUUCAAGCCUUAGAUUGCUACAGAUACUUAUUUUAUAGCCUCUUCAAAUUGCAUUUUACUCUUUCAUGACGUGCGCAUUGUUUCAGUUUUGUUCUGGUUCAGCCAUGAAAAAUAUAUUGUUUGGUUUCCUUCCAUUGCCUUUAGUUUAAUGGGUGAAAACAUUUCCAAUGGAUUUAAUGAAAUGUUGAAUUGAUAUUUUUAAUUAAGUCACAAUUUCAUAUCAUAAAAGACAUUAAAAUAUGUAUUCUACAACAGCAGCCUUGUAAAUAAUUUUUUUGAUUGAGCUAGUGAUUGACAACUCUUGCACUGAGCAAAAACAAAUGAAUUCCUUUGUAUUUUGUUCCAAAAUCAAAUGAUCAGAUGUAUUCUUUAAAUAAACCUGAAAUGAAGCAUGUAUAUUUUUGCAUUGUUAAACAGCAGUAAGUCUAAAAUUGAGUUAAUUCAUCUUUAUUUAAAUUUCUUCUUGUGAGCAGGUUAGGGAUUAAUAUCAGAUGGCACCUAGUAUUUUCAUUCUUCCAAGUUCAUUUAUUCUUCAGACUUGAGCAAACUAUAUUUUCAAACUUGAAUUUCUAAAUGAAGAUGUUUUGUUAUAUUGUACUAUACAAAUGUAAGUUCUAGUGAAC